AUGAAAGCCAAAAAGAUAAACUGGAAGAUCGGCCGUGGUGAAAUUGAAACGGGAAGUGGAUUAAACCAAGAGCUUUCUCUUACUAGAGCCAGAGAUACACGUUGGAAUUCUCAUUUCAAAACUCUAUCGCGUUUGGUUGAGUUUGUUGACCGUUUUAGUGAAGUAACUUCCGAAUUGCUUAUUUGUAUGACGGGUUUGAAUCUACAUGAUUCAUUUUGUGACUUUGACCCAUCAAAGUUACGGAAGUUGAUCGAUUUCUAUCCACAUCAUUUUAGCUAUAAAGAUAGGAUGAAUAUUCUACAUGAACUUUCAGUUUACCCUUCUCAUAUGCAACAAGAUGGAAGAUUUGCUACUUUGAAGAGUAUAUCCGACCUUGCUAAAGUGAUGGUGGAAACUGAUACACAUCUUUCCUUCCAUUGA